AUGGAGAAACCCGACCCUCCUUUCCCGGAGCAAACGCAGGAAGAGCCGGGAGUGCCRCCGGAAUCCGCGGAAGAGCCUCUCCCGUCCCCCGAGUGCUCCCAAGGUGCCGAGCGCCGGGCGUCUUUUGCGGACGAGGCUCCGGAGAGCCCGGAUCCRUCGGGAGCGGAGCUCUUCGCUUCCCAAAUCCCGCCGGCCGCCAGCCGGGAUGGUGGCGACGGGAUCGCGGGCGCCCAGGAGGAUCCCGCUUUCUUCCCGCCUUUGGUCUGCCCGGAGCCGGACGUCACCUUGGAAGGCCACCACGUGGCAGAUGAGCCUGAGCCUGCCCUCUCCGGCGCUGUCCCCGGCGCGGCUCGCAGGACCGAACUCCUCGGCUCCACUCCUGAAGAGCCCGCGGACCUCCAGGAGGCCCCGUACGGGGCGGACGCCCGGAGCUCCGUAGCCCUCCGCACCAUGACCGUCUCCGGCGGCACCUGGGAUCCCUCGGAGGCGGGAGCGGGCGCCGGCAGAGGGCGAAGCACUUUGGAGAGCGGCCGCUGCGCCAAGGAGGCGGCCUCCGCCGCGGAGGCCCAGGCCGACCUGGAGGCGGCGCGCAGCGAUGCCGAGGAUGYGGAGGCCGGCAGGCCGGAGCGCCGGCGCGACCAACCGAAGCAAGCCGAGGGCCGCGGCAAAGAGCACUUAGAGAAGGGCAAGAGGACGGGCCAGAGGGCGAGCCCGAGGCUCGAGUGGGUGGCCCGGCCUCCCGAGAGCCCYGGGCCUCACUACAAAGACAGGAGCAAGUCGACGGAUGGAGCGGCCGGCUUGUCCUCGCGGAGCCAGCCCGUGCGCGAAGUGCCUCCUCCUCCUCCUCCUCCGUUGACCUCCCCGGUGUUCCGGAAGAGCCUCAAGGGCGCCCUGGGCAAGGCCAAAUCCCUGGAGAGCGUGGGCGCACGGCGGAAGGCGCCGCCGGGCGCCGCCGGGAGCCCCCCGGGGCCGCCCGAGUGGGCGCUGCUGCCGCUGGGCGCCGAGCUCGCCGUGGGCACCCAGUCGUGGACGGUGAACGCGGAGGCCUCGGUGGAGCGGGUGCCCGCCGGGAGCCUGGAGCCGGCGCCCUGCAGCUCCUACGGCGUGGAGGUGAGGCCCUACGUGUGCGGCGUCCUCCUGGAGGAGCCGGCCAAGGAGGAGGAGGAGGMGGCGGCGGCRGGCGCGGAGGAGGACCCCAGCGUCUACACGUGCAUCGAGUGCAGCAUCUACUUCAAGAAGAAGGAGCACCUCAUGGAGCACAUGCUGCAGCACAGCCGCGGCGCGGCCGGGGAGCGCGACGGGGCCGCGCGCGGAGGCCAGGGCCAGCUGUGCUGCAACGAGUGCGGGUGGGCCUUCGGCGAGGCCGCGGCGCUGGAGCAGCACAAGAGGCUCCACCAGGAGUCCCGGGAGAAGAUCAUCGAGGAGAUCCAGAAGCUCAACGAGUUCCCGGACGAGGGCCGCGCCGCCCGGCUCCAGUGCCCCAAGUGCGUCUUCGGCACCAACUCCUCCAAGAUCUUCGUGCAGCACGCCAAGAUGCACGUCAAGGAGAGGAAGGACCAAGGCGCCAAGGGCGCCGGCCUCUACGGYGGCGAGGUGCGCGACGGCCCGGCGCCCAUGGGCGCCUACGGGCCCUUCAAGGCCACCGAGCACGUGGCCCUGCCGGUCCCCGGGGGCUCGGGGGCCCCUCUCCCGGGGCUCUACGCCUGCGCCCUCUGCGGCUUCCCGGCCCCGGACGAGGCCGUCCUCAAGGAGCACCUCAAAUACGCCCAUUGCCCCCUCGCCUGGGACGCCGAGGCCUUCGAGGAGGACCCCAACCAACCGGGCCCGAGCCGCGACGCCUACAGCCCCGCGCGGCCGGGCCGCUUCGCCGAGGCCGAUUACUUGGGCCGAGCGGAGCGCCCCGGGGGCCCGGCGCGCCGCGAGGGCGCCGCRCGCUACGACGUCCUCCCCGCCUUCGCCUUGGCCCGCCCGCGGCUCGACAGGAGCAACGGGGCCACCAAGAAGGGCUACCACGCGGGCGGCUUCCACGCCAGGAAGAGAGCGCCCUACGCGGCGCCCCACAAAGCCCUGGGCCUCGCGGGGCUGCCGGYGCCCAAGGCCUAUUCCCACUUGGCCCUGCAGCAGCUGAAGAGGAGAGCGGCGGCCCGGCACGUUGAGGCCGACGGCGACGCUCUCGGCUACCACCCCGGCGGCCUGGAGGAGCUUGGGCACGCGUGGAUGGUGGCCAACGACACCGGGAGCGCGGGGGAGAUGCUCCCCGCAACGGCGGGAGGCGACUUGGCCCAGAACAGGGGCGUGAAGCCCGUCGCCGUCCCCCAAGCUGCCUUGGACCUCAAGAGGACGUUCAGAGACACCUUGAAAGCCACGGACUCUUCCAUCGCGUCCGAGGAGCAGCAGCAGCAGCUGCGGAUGAUGGUGCCCAUCGUGCUCCUCGAGCAGGUCAACCCGCACCCCAAAGCCCCCAAGCGGCCCCGGGGGAAGCCSUACAAGAAGAGAGCGGCGGCGCCACCGCCGCGGGACUUCCUGCUGGAGGAGCCGCUCCCGUUGGACAUGCUCCUGUUGGACGCUCCCUUGGAGGGGCCCCUGGAGCUYGACGACCUCUUGGACUCCGACUCGCCCAUGCUGAAGAACGAGGAGCGGAAAUGCCCCUAUUGCCCCGACAGGUUCCACAACGGCAUCGGCUUGGCCAACCACGUGCGGGGCCACCUCAACAGGGUGGGCGUGAGCUACAACGUCCGCCACUUCAUCUCGGCGGAGGAAGUCAAGGCUAUAGAGCAAAAAUUUUCCUUCCAAAAGAAGAAGAAAAAAGGUAUGGCCAACUUCGACCCGAGCACCUUCAGCCUCAUGCGGUGCGAGUUCUGCGGCGCCGGCUUCGACACGCGCGCCGGCCUCUCCAGCCACGCCAGGGCCCACCUGCGGGACUUCGGCAUCACCAACUGGGAGCUCACCAUCUCGCCCAUCAACAUCCUCAAGGAGCUGCUGGCCAACUCGGCUGAGCACCCCGUGCUGCAGGCGGCGGCGGCGGCGGCCGCGGCGGAGCCUUCGUCCCCGGGCCGCGAGAGGGACGCGGGGGUCUUCGUGCCCCGCAAGAACGUGGCGCCCGGGUCCGAGUGCGGCGUCCCCCGCUCGCCGCUGUCCCCGUUCCCGUCGGCUUGGGGAGACGAGUCCUUGCAGCCCUACCGAGAUGUGCUGGCGCCCGAGGAAGAGGAGGAGCUGGUGGCCAUGGAGGUGGCCUCGCCGCCGCUGCCCAAGAAGAGCGGCCCGGCCGCGCCGCUGGAGCAGCCCCCGAGCAGGAUAGGGAGCAAGCUGUCCCCGGAGCCGCCCGGGAGCAAGCCGGAGCCUCCCGAUCCCAAGGCGCCCAACCUGACCACGUGCGAGGUGUGCGGCGCCUGCUUCGAGACGCGCAAGGGCCUCUCGAGCCACGCGCGCUCCCACCUGCGCCAGCUCGGCGUCGCCGAGUCCGAGAGCAGCGGCGCUCCCAUCGACCUCCUCUACGAGCUCGUCAAGCACAAAGGCAAGGUCGAGGCCGGGCCUCCGCUCGCCAAGAAAUCCGCCUCCCCGAAGGACCCCGGCGCCCCCCGGCCCGCCGCGCUGCUGGCGCUCGCCAAGGAGCGCCCGCCCGACGGCCCGCCGCUCAACAAGGCCAUCAAGUCGCCGCCGGGCUUCGCCAAGGGCCUCGCGCCGCCCGGCUCGCCCGGCCUCAAGAAGGGGCCGCCCGGCCUCGCCGCCUCCCCGGCGCCCAAGAACCCCGAGGACAAGAGCGCCAAGCUGCCGCUGAGCCCGCUGCAGAGCUCGCCCAAGGCGCAGUGGCCGCAGGCCGACGACGAGGGACCCCUUAAUUUAA